AGCUCUCUAUAAUGUAUUCUAAACUAAUUUGGAUAAUGCCACAGGUUGAGAAGCAAAGGUAUUGGAUCCAAGGCAAGAUAUCAAUUGUAUCAUUGAACCAAAACUUCUGGCAUAUGGCCUGCCCCAGUUGUCAAAAAUCCAUCAGUGCAAGAGAUGAAGCUAUAUUUGAUUGUUUCAAUUGCAACAGCAAAAAAGUUAUGGCAAAACCAAGUGUGAAAUUUGAAGUUCUAUUGACCGAUGCUUCUGGUUCAAUGACUGCAACAAUGUUUGAGAACUAUGCUGAAGAAUAUUUCUUAGUUGAUGGAAAAAAACUCAUGCAAUUUGCUGCAGAGCAGAAAGACCAAAAUGUCAUUGCUGUCUUCCCAAAGUUGGCCUUGGAAAAUGAAUAUCGCAUCCAGCUGAAACCACGAGAAUAUCCAUCACGUGGUGUCAAAGCUCUUGCAUACAACAUCAGUGGCAUUAAACUUGCUGUAACUGAAGAUAAAGCCAAUGAAGAUCCAUUACCAAAGACAGGAAAAUCUUCAUUAGCCGAAAUCAAGGUAAUAAAGAGGCUCUUCCCAGAAGAUGACGAUGCUGGAGCUGCUUCAGAACUAACUUUUGAAUCACCAUGCAUAUCCAUAGAAACUACUUAAAAACUUUAUUUUAUGUAGAUAUAGAUAUGUAAUCACCAAAAAUCCAGCUCAGUGAGCAUGCCAAAACCAACACUAAUCAGCUUAAAACAUUAUUUUGUAUUGAAUUCGUGCUUUUAAACUCAAAUA